UUUCCUUGACGUUGAGCGUGCUUGUUUUUAAAAGUGUCCAACAGAAAACAACGUUUGCGGUUUGAAGAAUGUACAGCCUCAUGCGAACAGACGAUCAGCGAACUUUAACCAGCCGUCAUCCAAUAAUAACAGCUAUUUAACAGCUUUACUUUAGCUGUAAUAAGAUUAAACGUCUGGUGGAGAUAUCCGGCGCCAUAAGGUUAAGUCAACUAUUGCAUCACAUCUAUAAUGGAUAAAGAAGGCAUUUCCUCCUUGACUAACAUUUGCAUGACCUGGAUUUGCCAAAAUGUGGAAGUACUUUGUGUUUCACAAAAAGACGGCUCGCUGCAGAUCCGCCACUGCCCUUUGUUUCCUCAAGAACUGGCCGACCAGCUACUGCACAAACUGGCUGAUGAGGGGCUGCUCGAUGACAAAACCGUAGGUAUUUUUCAGAAUCUGGAAGCUCUGCGAUUGAGACAAGCAUUCAUCCGGUCCUCGCGUGUCUCAGCCGAGGCCUUCAGACUGUCCCUGUGUCCUCACAAACUGCAGGAACUAAACGCUUCCCAUAUUCAUAGUGACAUUACCAUCUCAGACAUUCUCCAUAAUCUUUCCUCCAACAAACACUGCAGGCAAGGCCUUCAUUCACUGCUCAUGAAUGGCUUAAAUCUGUACCGUGAAACAGGUGAGAUCGGGCAAGCCAGAUUUAGUGCUCUCCGGGGCUUGAAGAACCUCUCCGUAGCCUGGACGGAUCUAGAUGAUACAGGACUAGAAGAUAUCUGCUCCCUGCCCAUGCUGGAAUGCUUGGAUGUCUCCGGUGCAAACAUCACAGAUCUAACGCCGCUGUUGAACUGUCAGUCAAGGCUUAGAUCACUGACUGUUCACGGACUACAAAAGUUGGAGAUGUCAACCGCAAGCCUGCUCUCAGUGCUGGACAAGCUGCGUGUGUUGAGACAUCUGGACAUCUCCAACGACAGACUGGUAACGGAUGUAGACAAUCUGGUCCAGCAGCUUCUGGAGCGGCCAGGCAUUCUUCCUCACCUUGUGUCCUUGGAUGUGUCUGGCUGGAGGGGAGUCGGCGAUGCUGCUGUUCAGGCAUUCGUGGAGGCGAGACCAGGUAUGACAUUCAUUGGACUGCUGGCCACAGGUGCAGGCGGCUCUGAGCUGAUGUCGACAGGUGGAAAUUUGAAGGUGGCUGGAGAGGCAAACCUGACCCAAGUGUGUGAGGCCUUGAGGAGAUACAGUGAGCAAGAAAGUCUCUUACGGGAGGUUCUCGUUCAUCUCUACAAGUACACCAGUGAGAUAGAGCGAUCUCAACCAGACAUUUUAAAGCUGGUUUCGGAUGGAAUGCAACACCACACGGAUUCUCUGCAUGUUCAGCUUGUUGCCACUGCGUGUGUUUUUAACCUCACCACACUGGAACUGGUGCAGGGAAUGCCCUUACAUCUGCUGGAAACUGUAGUUCAGCAACUGCUCACAGCCGUGAAGAACUUUCCGAACUAUGAGCAGUUACAGAAGAAUUGUCUGCUGACCUUGUGCAGUGACCAUAUCUUACAGGUUGUCCCAUUUGAUAGAUAUGAGGCCACUAAAUUGAUGAUGAUGCUCCUGGAGAAUCAUGAAGAUCAGACACUGCAGAGAAUGGCGGUGGCUGUUGUCUCCAUACUGGUGGCGAAGCUGAGUACAGAAGAGAUCUCAGAGCUGGGUGCAGAGGCAUUCAUCAUGAAGCUACAGCAGUUGCUCAGCAUUGUUCAGCAGAAGGCCACACUGGGUGUUGUGGACUCCACUCUGAAGUUUGCAUUGAGCGCUUUGUGGAACCUGACAGACGAGACGCCCACCGCCUGCCGUCAUUUCAUCCAGUGUAAAGGAGUAGAGCUCUACAUGGAGCUGCUGGAGUCUUACUUCUCUGAGUCCUCCAUCCAGCAAAAGCUCCUUGGCCUUCUGAAUAAUGUAGCAGAGGUAAAGGAGCUGCGGGUGGAGCUGCAGGAUGAAGACCUGGUCGAGCACUUACUCACUCUCUUGAUCAACCCUGCGGUGGAUGUGGAGGUCAGUUACUUCGCUGGGGGAAUCCUGGCUCACCUCGCCUCCGGCAAGGGAUCUGUGUGGGGUCUGGAUGAUGAGCUGCUCCGCACAGUGUUGGACAAACUGCACUCCUCUAUCUUGACAUGGAGCUAUCCACAGCGUGAGAUGGUUUCUUAUCGGACGUUGCAGCCCUUCUAUCAGUUGUUACAGGUGUCUGAGUAUUCUGGUGUUCAGCUCUGGGCUCUGUGGGCCGUACAGCUCGUGUGCAGUCAGAACGCUGCUCAGUACUGCAGUAUCCUCCACACUGAAGGAGGAACAGAUAUACUGAAGGUCCUGAGUUCUCAUCUGGACACCCACAGUGACAUCAAGAGCCUGGCGGACAAUAUUCUAACAAUGCUGGAACAGCAUCUUGUAGGUCCAGAAUCGAAACACCCCGCUAACUUCCCUGGCGUUUCAAAAAGUUAGCAAACUAUUAUGAACAUUAGAGGAAUUGGCCCCCGACAAUUCACCUCCAGCUACUGUGUAGCACGAGUUAAACACUGAACAUGCACCUGAUUGCUCAAUAAUGCACUGAGAGCACAGAGAAGAUGCUGUUUUAAAUGGGACAUGCCAAUAUG